GUGUGUUGCUGGUAAAAGAACAAGUUGUAUUUUAGUGCAACUUAGACUUCUGUAAUUUGCGUGUUAACAUUCAGUUAUCAUGGACCAAAAGAAUGAUGAAUUUAAUGCCACAUAUCUAACCUUCAGUGGACAUGUGGAACUGCACAGAUUCAGAUUUCUGUAUUUUCUGGUCAUGUUUAUUGUGUAUGUUCUAAUACUCUGCAGUAAUUCCAUUAUCUUGUGCAUCAUCUGGAUUCAUAAAAGCCUCCAUGAGCCCAUGUACAUUUUCAUUGCAGCUUUGUUACUAAACUCCAUUCUUUUCAGCACCAAUAUCUACCCAAAGCUUUUGAUCGACUUUCUAUCUGACAAGCAGGUCAUAACUCAUUCACAUUGUGUCGUUCAGUUUUCUACCUAUUAUUCUCUAGGUGGAUCUGAGUUCUUACUGUUGUCAGCCAUGGCCUAUGACAGGUAUGUGUCUAUAUGUAAACCUCUGCAAUAUCCAGUUAUCAUGAGAAAAUCAACUGUCAGUGUUUUGCUGCUUUUAGCUUGGCUUCUGCCUGCUCUUCAGGUUAUGGCAUCAACUACAAUCAUUAAUAAUUUACAAAUCUGCAGAUUUACUUUGACUGGAAUUUUUUGUAAUAACACAAUAUACAACCUGUUUUGUGUGAUCCCGAGAACACUGUCAAUAAAUGGUGUGUCUAUUCUGCUAAAUACAGUGCUUCUCCCCAUGCUUUUUAUACUGUUCACAUACGCAAGGAUUCUUAUAAUAUCCUAUCAAAGCAGCAAAGAUGUCAGGAAAAAAGCUGCACAGACCUGUUUACCUCACCUGCUAGUUUUAAUGAGCAUAUCAUGUUUGUCCUCUUACGAUAUCAUUAUAGCUCGGUUGCAAGUGGAUUUCCACCGUACUGCACGUUUAAUAAUGACUUUACAAUUGAUCAUAUAUCAUCCUCUGUUUAAUCCAGUCAUAUAUGGUGUAAAAAUGAAAGAAAUCUCUAAACACCUAAAGAAGUUGUUGUGUGAAGGCAAACUGAACCCGUUAAAAAUAAGGUAAAUUCAAAUGACAGGUUUUUCUGUAAAGCAAAAAUAUUUUAUAUUUCUACAAGUAUUCAGAAAUAAUGACUAUCAUUAGCCUUCAUCUAACUAGAAUUUAAACUCCAAAUACCUGUUUCUUGUUUCAAUUGAUGGUACAUCAGUCAUGUAAUACUGCAUUCUGAUAUUUAGGAUUGAGUUGGGCUGUAUGAGUCUCAGCCCCGACACAGUCAUUCCACAUUAUCAUCUGUUUUCAACAAUCUACGUAUUUUAAGAUUUCUUGGUUUUUAAUAUUUCAAGCAACAAUUACACUACUUCUUCAAUUGUGCCAUUACGUCUAAAAACUCCAGUCUAACUGCAGCUGCAACAUGUAUAAACUUGUGCAUGUUGAAUGUUUCAGCAGGUUUCCUUUCAGGUUCACUAAAAGAGAUAUCAGUGUUUUAACAGCUGUAUGACUGUGUACUUUAACAGAAACAGUCCAGAGUAUGUCAUUGAUUUUCAUGUACAUUGAUUUACAUUUUAAAACUGCAUUAUUAUCAGCUGGUCUAAUUGUUUUGGUUCAUAUUUGUAAUGUUCAGAGAGAAUGUAAUGAAUUUGUAAAAACUUGGAGCAACUUCGGCAUUUUUAUUCUAUCUUGUUGCAGUCUUAUUUUAUGGAUAAAAUAAGAAAAUAAGAUAAAUAUGUCAAGAUUAUUAUUUUUUUUUUUUUUUUUUUUCCAUUUCACAGGGCCUCAGAGCCAACGACUAGUUUGCUUUUGGGUCAAUGCAAAUAUGAAAAGAGAUAAAAACACACUAAAAACACAGAAGGGAAGUCAUAGCAGGCUUCAUUCUGCAUGCGCUAACAUGCUGAUGUUUAAUAGGUGUAAUUUUUCUGGCAUAUCUUUCUGCUGCUACAUGUGAAGUCCUACUUGAGCACAAUGAAAUUCUGUUAUUUGUAAUAGCAGCCAUGACUUUUUGUAUUUGUGUUACUGGUU